GGGCCCGGUGGCCGUGGGGGCCAUGGAGGGGCCGUGGGGCGGGUGGCUGCUGCCGCUCGGCCUCCUGCAGCUGCUGGGCGGCCCCGUCGGCGCCUGCCCCUGCCGGGACCCGCGGCUAUGCCGGCCCGUCACGGGCACCCGCAGCCCCGAGGUCUUUGUGUUUGAUGUGGGAAAGGAAGCAUGGAAAUUCUAUGACUGGUCAAAAAUUACAACUGUGGCAGCUUUUGGAAAGUACGAUCCUGAGCUCGUGUGCUAUGCCCACUCUAAAGGUUCCAGGAUAGUGCUGAAAGGUGAUGUACCUCUUAAGGAAAUUGUUGAUCCUGCUAAAAGAGCAGCAUGGAUAGCCCACCAGGUGGACCUUGCAAAAAAUCAGUGUAUGGAUGGAAUUAACAUUGAUAUAGAGCAAGAAGUUAACGAAACCUCCCCUGAGUAUUAUGCAUUGACAGAGCUUGUUAAAGAAACUACAGAUGCUUUUCACAGAGAAAUACCAGGAUCACAGGUAACAUUUGAUGUGGCUUGGUCUCCAGCAUGCAUAGACAGAAGGUGCUACAACUACACUGGGAUUGCAGAUGCCUGUGACUUCUUAUUUGUGAUGUCAUAUGAUGAACAGAGCCAGAUCUGGACAGACUGUAUUGCAAAAGCCAAUGCCCCUUACCUGCAGACCUUACUUGGCUAUGAAGAGUACAUUACUAUGGGCAUUGAUCCUAAAAAGCUUGUGAUGGGUGUCCCCUGGUAUGGCUAUGACUAUGUCUGCCAAAACCUAUCUACGGAUCAUGUGUGUUCCCUUUCCAAAGUGCCUUUCCGUGGGGCUCCUUGCAGUGAUGCUGCAGGCAGACAGGUCCCCUACGGAAUUAUCAUGAAGCAGGUGAACAGUUCUCUUUCAGGGGUGCUGUGGGAUGAGGUACAGAAGUCUCCAUUUUAUGAAUACAAGGAUUCUCUUGGUCACUUCCACCAGGUCUGGUAUGAUGACCCUCGCAGCAUCUCUCUAAAAGCAGCCUAUGUGAAGAAUCGAGGUUUAAGGGGCAUUGGCAUGUGGAAUGGAAAUAGUCUUGACUAUUCCAGGGAAGCUGUAGCAGAACAACAAACUGAAGCAAUGUGGCAAGCUCUGACACCGUAAGAACUAUCUGAACCCUUGAUUUAGAAUGAUGAAAAUUUGUAAUUUUUCAUUUUGGCUUACACUAUCAGAAAUUUUGGCCUUAUAUAAAUAUACUAUGGUUACAAAAACUUUGCAAACUCGACAGAUUAAUCUUGUUUUAUAUGCAAAGCUGUAUUUUCAUUCUUCAAAAAGUUCCAAUGUUGCUUUAACAGUGGGGUUUUUUUAAAACUGCUCCUUUUUUCAUUUUUCACAAUUACCAUAAGUUGGUUAAAGCUUGAACCCAAUGUGCAUCUGGUAAAAAGUAAGACCCUUUGGUGAAUUUACAGGGGCAGUCUCAUAAUGAUUCUUUGCUAAGGCUGCCUGGUGCAGGCAAGUAUUCAUUCUGGAAUCACAUGGUGCAGUGUCAGCCUUCUGACUUCCCAACCCAACCUAUAUUUCAGCUAAGUCACUCUAGAAUCAGAUGAAACAAAAUACUGGAGAGACAGAUUGUUGCUUACAUGCAACUUGGUGAAGCCUGUGUUUGCAUUUGGUUACUCUUCCAGAGAUUAAAAGAUUUUAUAGACUGAAGAAAUUAUGUAACAUGAAGCAGUUGCCAUUAAGAUUUUUAUCAGACUUGUUGUUAGAAAGGAAUAUUCAAUAAACCCCAGUUUCACUGUUUAUGUAUCACAAAAAUUCCUUUGUUUCAAAAGCCAAAAAUCUUGGACUUUAUCUUUAGGAGGGAACAUUAAUAUGUAGAGGACUUGGAUGAUGUUUCCUUCCAUUCCAAACUAUUUUACUUCCUGGAAACUAGAAUUCAGCAGCUUAUUUAAUGAACUGUAUAUCUAUUUUCCCACACACUCUAAGAUUCAUUCAGUAGCCUGUUGUUUGUUUUUAUGGGGUGUUGCCUGAGGGAUAAUAGCAGGUUAUAUUUUCUUUCUAGUUAAUAUUUUCAUAAAAUAAUUUGUCUGGAGAAAAUGUACAACUUUUUAAAAUAUCUGUAGUGAUGUAAAGAUUGUCUGAUGUUUACAAGAUUUUUUUGUUAAAUAAAAUGCUGUCUUCAUUAAGGUUGGUAAACAA